CGAGCUGAGACUAUCCCCAAACCCAACGCCCAUGCCCGCCAUUCCUCGCAUCCCUCCCACCUGCAUUCAGUACCGGAUGUCAGUCCACACGCUGAACUGCCCCUCUAUCAGUCUCUACGGGCAACAAGCUACCCCUUUUCCUCAUCCGCGCACCUCCAUUCUCCCGCCGCAUUGCCAUUUCUCAAGUCCUUGGCUGGCGUUGCCCCGUGACGCCACACGGCAGGGUGGAGAUCGGAUCCGCAUCCCCUUGGCUCUUCCCCGCAUCGCCCCCUCCCCCCGCCAGCCAUGGGGUCGCUCCCGACACGCGCGCUCGGCGCAGCCAGUCUCGAACCCUAAACGGUGUCCCUCCUCAGCCGCCUUAAUGGAAUCGUCGCUCCCAACGCGCGCGCUCAGCGGCACAGCAAGUCGUGACACCUAAACGGUGUUCCUUCGCCCUCCAACUUCUCUCCUCGGCCGCCAUCAUGGGAUCGCUUUCGACGCGCGCGCUCGGCGCGCAGCGGCCAGGCACGAGCGCGAAGCUCGCCCUCUUCACUCCCGCCAAUUACCACGUGCCACGUGACAAGCAACCGCUCGGCCAUGGCGGCGGUGGCGGCGGCGGCGGCGGCUCCGCGUCCGUACUCCCCCUCCCCGCAUUCCCCGCCCUCCCCGCCCUCCCCGCCCUCUUCACCCACAAUCUCGUCUUCCGCGCGAUCGCCGCCGUGCUUCUCGUGCUCCUCGCCGUUUCCCUCGAGCUGCUCCUGCUCUCUUCCGUCCAACCCCGUGCUGCCACGUCAUCGCUCAACGCGCUGCUCCCCGCGCAGCCCGCCGCUCCCCCCUCUCCGCCAACAAUCCCCGCUUCCGCCUCCGCGUCCGCCUCCCCCGCGCAGAUUGCGCCGAUCCUGCGCGGAACGGGCUCCGCCGCCGCGCAAACCCCUGCGCCAGCGACUACUACUCUCACAUCCCUCGCAUCUGCCACAACUCUCACAAACCCUAUGCCAUCUACUACUCUCACAUCCCUCGCAUCUGCCACAACUCUCACAAACCCUGUGCCAUCUACUACUCUCACAUCCCACACAUCUCUUUCAUCCCCCACUCCCACAUCCCUCACAUUUAGACGCCGCGUGAUUCCGCUAGUGGCGCCGACCUUCGAUCCGCCGCCCAUGCACGUUAUAUGGGUGGAGUCCAAGUGCAGCGACGAGUGCCACAAACGGGGCAGCUGUAACGAGGAAAUCGGGGUGUGCCGGUGUGUGGCGGGGUACGGAGGGGUGAACUGCUCGCAGGUGGUCAUGCCUGGGUGUACGAAGAUUCCAGGAAGUGAGGGGGCAGGAGAAGGAAAACAGACAGACGGCGGGGGAAAUGGUGUGGUGGUGGUUGCCACGUCACCGUGCUUCCUGCACUCGUCGUGCGAGUGCGUGCUCGACUGCGAUAGACACCACCUACCACACCCUGCCACGUGUGUCGACCUCAGCAGCGCACCACUGCCACGUCAGCCCUCAGCUGACAAUGCAGCUGAUGGCGCUACUGGGACGAAAGCAGCAGAGGGGGGAAGAGGAGGGGUGGUAGCAUGGGACUGGUACCGGGUGACCACGAAUGGAGCAGGGGAGGAGAGGGGGAGGGAGAGGGUAAGUGAGGGGCAGUUGGAGGGAGGCGAGCAGCUGAGGCCGCCUGGGGAGUGCCCAGAGCGCUGCUCUGGCGUUGGCACCUGCUACAGUAGCGGCUGCAGGUGCCCGUGGUUCCGCUCGGGCCCGGCGUGCGAGCAGGUGGCGCCAGGCGUGGGGUGUGUGAACGCGUGCAGCGGGCGGGGCGAGUGCGUGGAGGGCACGUGCCGCUGCCAGCACUGGACGUUCGGGGUCGACUGCUCGCUGUUCCUCGACACCAUGGGCGGACUCAGGAACCUCCUCUUCCCCCCGUUCCGCUGGGCGGACCACGUGCCCCCGCCCUCGCUCUCCCUCAUCGCCCCUGCGCGCCCCCUCGUCUAUGUGUACGACCUGCCGGCUCACCUCAACGCGUGGCAGCUGCGCCACUCGCUGCGCAUCGACCAGCCCGAGGCCGUGCUGUUCCUGGAGCGGUUGUUGAAUAGCGUGCACCGCACCGCCACGCCGGAUACCGCUGACUUCUUCUACGUGCCCCUCUUCCUGCGCAAUCGUGAUGCUCUAAAGCUCAACCUGCUCGCAUCCACUAUCACAUACAUCCGAGCCACGUGGCCCUACUGGGACCGCACCAACGGCUCCGACCACCUCUUCCUCCUCUCCGACCCCCUCGCCCGCUGCACACUCGGCACCUUCGGGCGCGGAGAGCCCCUUAUCGCCCGCAGCAUCGUGCUCUCUCCCUGUGGGUACACUCGUGCUCUUGUCCCCAUGUCGUCCGGCAGCACUGGUGGGAAAGGCAAGCGGAAGGGGCGGCUGUCGCUGCCGUGCUUUCAGCGGGGGCAGGAUAUUGUGAUUCCGCCGGUGCUUCGCCUGGCGGUUUACCAUGCCAUGCCGGUGCUAGCCCAGCUGCAAGACUCAGUCAGCAGCAGCAGCAGUGGCAGCAGCAGCAGUCCGGGCACCGCCCCCGAAACCCCUGCCCCUGCCGCUCGCCCCACGGUUCUCUUUGCCCGCUUUGCCUCAUCCGACCGGCAGCAGCAGCGUGCAGGCCUGGGCAUCCCUGUAAGGCAGCGGUUCCUCUCCCUCUUUGAAUCCCGCGCAGGGGAACUCAACUGGCAGAUUGAACUCAAGGAUACAGACGAGGUGGGGGUGGCUGAUAUGCUCGGUGCUACCUUCUGCCUUGCUACUGCUGGUUGGGGGUGGGAUGCGUCGUCUGUGGUGAGCGUGCUGGCGGGAUGCAUCCCUGUGGUGGUCCAGCCGCACACCAUCCUCCCCCUCCAACACCCCGAUGGGCUCAACUGGACCGCCUUCUCCCUCCGCGUUCCCCUCUCCAAACUUCCGGAUCUUCCAGCCAUUAUCUCGUCCCUCUCACCACAAGCGAUCGCAGGGAUGCAGCAGGGGUUGCGGGAUGCUUGGCCGGGGUUGGUGUGGACUAGUGCGCAGUUCAACCCGCUGCCGCCUGCUCUGGGAGCGUCCCCGGCGUUGCAGAGAGCAGGGCUCAUGCUGGCGGAAGGGGACGUGUUUGGGUCGGUGAUGAGGGUGCUGCGAGGUAGGAUGGAAGGGAAGGGGGGAGGAGGGGAGGUGGGAGAGGAGGAGGGGGAGGAGGAGGGGGCGGGAGAGGGGGGAGAGGAAGGUGGAGAGGUGACGGAGGGGUUUGAGGAGGAAGGUGAUGCUGAUGCUGCUGAUAGUGCUAGCGCUGUUCCUAAUGCUGGUGGUGAUGUUGCUGCUCCUUCAGAAGCGUCCACAGAUGGCUCUGUUGACGCUCUUAAGUUCACUCCAGAAGGAGCAGUAGAGAUAACCCACAACACGGAGACUGAGGAGGAGAGAAAGGCACGCACCCGAGCAGCGCAGGCCUACAACGGGCCCGGCCCCGAUGUCUCCCGCCCGUCCAAAUGCGCCGAGGGGUGCAUUCCCCCCCACGGCACGUGCAAUGAGGAGCUGGGCCGCUGCGACUGCCCCCCCGGGUUCUCCGGCCCGACCUGCCAAGACCUUGCUAUGCCAGAGUGCCACCUGGGCGACAGCAACAGCACAGGGAUCACAUACUCCACCCCCUGCUCCGUCAUAAGCACGUGUGCAUGCGCUGCUGCCUGUGCGCGUUGGCGUCUCCUCGGCACCUUCGAGUGCUUCGAGGGGAACAGGCCGGAUGGAACCCCGGAGACGAACCUCUCGGCGCUGUUCUCUGGGCCGAGAUAUGUGGUGGUGUUGGAUGACAAGUUUAGGGAUGCGGGGGCGGGCGGGGAGAAGGGGGGAGGGGCGCAGAGGGUGGUGUCGAACGAGGGCCCGAGCCCGUGGGCGGCCCCGGAGGAGUGCGAUGACAUGUGCUCGGGACGGGGGGUCUGCAGGCAGGAGUCCAAGGUGUGCGACUGCGCGUGGUACGACCAUGGGCGGGCGUGUGAGAUGCGGGGCGACGUCCCCUUUGAGUGCUUCAACGACUGCAGCGGACGGGGCACGUGCACCCGCGGUGUCUGUGUGUGCCAGAGAGGGUUCUUCGGCCUCGACUGCUCCAUGUUCAUCGACGCACAAGGGACCACCAGCAGCUGGACCCCCCCCUCCUCCUCCUCCCCCCCCCUCCGCCCCCUGGUCUAUGUCUACGACCUGCCCCCCUACUUCAACACGUGGCAGUUCGCCCACACUCGUUUCAUCGACUGGCGAGAGCCCGUCUUCUUCCUCGAGCGCCUCCUACGCUCGCCCCACCGCACCGCCGACCCCGCCCAAGCGGAUUUCUUCUACGUUCCUCUCAUGCUACGAGGCCGCGGGAUGAAAGGGGACACUCUAGCCUGGGCUAUCUCGUACAUUCGUGCCACGUGGCCGUUUUGGGACCGGAAAAACGGGUCUGACCACGUCUUUCUGACCAAUGACGACUGGGGGAACUGUGAGAUCUCGAUCCAUGGGGAGUUAGAGCCUUUGCUAGCGAACAGUGUUACAGUUACCCUCUGGGGGCUCACUCAGAAUAUGCAUCUGGAGGAUAAGCCGAACGGGUGCUUUAGACCGGGGCAAGAUGUGGUUAUUCCGCCCAUGAUGGCCCCCGACGUGUACCAGUAUGUGGUUGGGGUGAAAGAGAUGGUGAGGAGGGAGAUUCAGAGGAGGAGGAGGGAGAAGAGGAGGAAGGGAGGAGAGAAGGAUGCAGGGGUGGAGGAGGAUGCGACCAAAAGCCACGGAUCAAGCCAGCUGGGAGACAAGCAAGCAGAAAAAGACGAAGAUAAAGCAGAAGAGAAGGACGGCCUAGAAGCCAUUCUAUCCGGCGUCAACCGCACCACUCUCCUCUACUUCAAAGGCUGGCCGGCAGACCGAGCAGCGCCGCACGGUGCCUACUUCUGGAGCUUUGGGGUGCGGCAAGAGGCGUUCAAGCUGUACAGGGGGCGGUUCAACGAGACGGGGGUGAAGAUGGAGAGCACGGAGGGCGUGCCGGAGGGUUAUCUGGUGGAGAUGGGGCGAGCUGCGUUCUGCCUCGCGCCGUCCGGGUGGGGGUGGGCCAUGCGGACUACUCAGGCGCUCAUGCUGGGGUGCAUCCCGGUCAUCAUCCAGCCCCAUGUAGUGCAGCCCUUCGAGGGCGAUGGCACCGACUGGACUCGCCUCGCCCCCCAUGUAGUGCAGCCCUUCGAGGGCGAUGGCACCGACUGGACUCGCCUCGCCGUGAUCCUCUCCAAGGCCGACAUCCCCAACCUGCCCCGCAUCCUGCGCGCCAUCCCUGAGUCCGAACGCCGCAAAAAGCGCCUCGCCAUGCGGGAAGAGUGGCUGAAAUUCGUGUGGGCGAGCACCCAGCUGAACCCCUUUGGGUUCCUGCCGAGGCCACUGCAGGACGAGAUGGCUGUGAGGCUUGAGAAGGGGGAUGUGUUUGCUACUGUAAUGGGUGCACUGAGGAGGAGGCUGGAGGGGAAGGGAGGGGGGCGGGGAGGGGGAGAAGGUGGGGGGAAAGAUUGGGCGUCUGCUUCUGAUGCCGGCGCUGGGGUGAAGGCAACGCGAGGGAUAGAGCAAGCAGGGCUAGGAAUGGGCACAAAUGAUGUUCGUACUGGUGCUGCUGCUGGGGGGGGUGAUGGGGGAGGAGAGGGGGUGUUGGGGGGAGGGGCUAUGGGAUCCACAGCAGCUACAGAAGCAGCAGCAGCAGCAGGAGCGUUAGAGGAGCAGCAGCAGCGGUCGAUGUCGUCAGCAGCAGUGAGUGUAUCGAUUGGUGCUUGUAAUGAGUCAUGCUACACGCACGGCACGUGCAACGAGGAGCUCAAGCGCUGCGACUGCCCGCCCGGGUUCACCGGGGAAGACUGCUCCGAUCUCGCCACGCCCUCCUGCCACGUGGCGCCUGGCUAUUUGACGCCGUGCGGGCUCCCUUCGUCCUGUGCAUGUGCUCUGGAGUGUGAGAGGGCUGGGCUUCCCUCCUCUCCUGUGUGCCUGGAUGACAGUGAGGGGGGUGCAGAAGGAGGUGGAGGGGAAGGAGCAGGAAGCGGAGCAAGUCCAGAGGCAAAGGGUCAAGGCGAGGCGGAAGAAGCAGACGACCCUGCUUUGAGCCUGCCGGCGUGGCAGCGGGAUGGAUGGCAGGGCUUGUCUUCUCUGCUGGAGAAGCCUCUGGUGCGCAUGGCAACGGACGGCAUGGGGGGGGAGACAGGGGCGCGUGUGAGAGUGACACUUUAUCAGCAGCAGCAGCAGAGCAGCAUAUCUUCUGGAGGGCCACCUCUUGGCCGUCGCUCGCACUCAUUCCUGCAUCCCUCCCAGUGCCCCAGCAACUGCUCUGGGCUAGGCGUGUGCCUCAACAGCAAGCAGUGCAUGUGCCCGCCCAUGCUCUCGCCCCCCUCCUGCGCCCGCCUGCCCGCUCUGCUGCCGUUCACUUGUCUCAACGGGUGCCAUGCGAGGGGGAUGUGUGUGCACGGCUUCUGCAUCUGCAACCCGGGGCACUUUGGCAUCGACUGCUCGCUCUCCAAGGCCGGAUCAAGGGACCGCACCCGCAUCAUGUCUGCCCCCCCAUUCUCCUGGCCCCAAGGCCUCUCCCUGCCCAUCCCAGCCCCAGUGCGCUCGCCCCUCUUCUUCGUCUACGACCUGCCCCCCCAAGCCACCUCCUGGUCACUGCUGCUCGGCACACUCCCAUCCUCUCCCUCUCCCUCUUCUCGGCCCAACGGGGUUGGUGGGGGAGGGGUAGGCGGAGGGGAGUGGGAAGGGGGGCCGGAGGGGGUGGAGGCAGUGCUGUUUCUAGAGCGGCUGCUGAGGAGCCCUUACCGCACUGCCGACCCCUACGCUGCGCAGCUCUACCUGAUCCCCGUGCUGCCAUGGGCGGGGCCAGCCACCAUCCUACGUGCCGUGCACUACGUGAGCCACCACUGGCCCUUCUGGUUCCAGUCCGACGGCUCCAACCACCUGCUGCUCACCACCAUCACCCCUACCGCCCCGGCUCACAGCCCCGUCUGCUCCCUCACUCCGGACAAAUCCCGCCACCCGCUCCUCGCACGCUGCUCCUUCCUGGCUAUCCCAGUGGCAGAUACAACUUUUCGUGGAUCUCCCCUACUUCAAGGCUCACCUGAGCCUACCACCACCACUGCCGCCGCUGCCACCACUGCUGCCACCGCCACUACCGGCACCUCCAUGAGCAGCAGCAGCAGCAGCAGUAGCACCAGCGGCAACCAGUCAUCCCUGCCCUGCUUCCUGCCCGGCCAAGACCUCCUCCUGCCGCCCGCUCUCCCUCCCAUCGCCCUCUCUCGCUCCCCUUUUGUUGCCCCUCCCACAGCCCAGCACCCCCCUCGCGGCCACCUGCUCCUGUUCAGCGACUGGGGUGUGGGGGGAGGGAGGGGUGCGAGUGGGGGGAUGGGUGGGAGUGGGGGGAGUGAUGGUGGGGGAGAAGGGAGCAGUGGGGGAAGGAGUGGUGGAGUGCAGGAGGUGAGGGAUAGAGUGAUGGCAGGGUUGAGGGAAGAAGGCAAUGCAGAGAGGGUGGUUGUGCUGUCACAAGACCGCAGCAACAGCAGCAGUAGCGGUAGCAGUAGCGGUAGCAGUGGCAGUGACAGUGGCAGCGGUAGUGGCAGCGGCAGUGGCAGCAGGUUUGAUUUAGAAGCGGUAGUGGGCGCAGCACUGGAGAGUGUCUUCUGCCUGGUGCUGCCUGGAUGGACUCACAAGAUGGAGCCCUCGCUUUUCGUCCUUCACGGCUGCAUUCCCGUCGUUUUGGAGCAAGACGGCGAGGAGGGCACAUCACUGCGAAGUAGCUCCCUUGUGGAGUGGUCGGAGGUCUCUGUGACGCUCCCCGCUUCUCAAGCACACAUCCUCGUUAAAAGCCUCCUCGCAAUACCGCAAGGGGACAUUGUUCGACGGCGCAGUGACAUGGGGAAAAUGUGGAGCAAGCUUGUCUGGGCGAGCCCUUCUUUCAACCCGCUUGCUCAGGUGCAUGUUGACGAGCAGCGGCGCUUUGCACCAUGGCUCGCAGCUGGUGAUACAUUUCAAGCUAUUGUUGCAAAGUUGCAGAAAAGGCUGGAGCAAUAAGGUGGGGGAUGUAAUGUAACACGUAUGAUUUGAAGUGAAGCUUAUCGGUGAUGUUGCGCGAUGUACAGUGCAAGUGCUCCUAGUGCAAUUGGUUGUGCCUGAUUAGA